ACGACCCAUCCCCCCUCGCAUCAGCAUGUUCCGCGCCGCCCUCUCGCCGCUUGCCCGUGCCUCGGCGCCCGUCACCGCUCGGCGUGCCUUUGCGACGGCCGCGCCGCGCAUGAGCUACGAGGACACGAUCAAGAACCUGCUGCUUAAGGCCGACUCGAAGGUCAUCUGCCAAGGCUUCACGGGCAAGACGGGCACGUUCCACUGCAAGCAGGCGCUCGAGUACGGCACCAAGCUUGUCGGCGGCGUGAACCCGGCAAAGGCGGGCACCAAGCACCUCGGCCUGCCCGUGUACGGCAGCGUCAAGGAGGCCGUCGCCGCCGAGAAGCCGCACGCCAGCGUCCUCUACGUGCCGCCGCCGUUUGCGGCAGACGCCAUCAUCGAGGCCAUCGAGGCCGAGGUGCCGCUAAUCGUCGCCAUCACCGAGGGCAUCCCGCAGGCCGACGAGAUCCGCGUUGCACACGCACUCAAGGCGCAGUCCAAGUCGCGCCUCGUCGGCCCCAACUGCCCCGGCAUCAUCAACCCCGAGGGCUGCAAGAUUGGCAUCAUGCCCGGCCACAUCCACACGCCCGGCAAGAUCGGCAUCGUGUCGCGCUCCGGCACGCUGACGUACGAGGCGGUGAACCAGACGACCAAGGUUGGCCUUGGCCAGUCGAUCUGCGUCGGCAUUGGCGGCGACCCGUACCCGGGCUCGACGACGCUCGACGUCGUCAAGCUGCUGCUCGACGACCCCAAGUCGGAGGGCAUUGUGCUCAUCGGCGAGAUUGGCGGCAGCAUGGAGGAGGAUGCGGCAGAGUACCUCGAGAAGCACAACAAGACGCGUAAGAACCCCAAGCCCGUCGUCGCCUUCAUUGCCGGCCGCACGGCGCCGCCCGGCAGACGCAUGGGCCACGCCGGCGCCAUCAUUGCCGGCGGCAAGGGCGGCGCAGACGACAAGGUGCGCGCCCUGGAGAAGGCCGGCGCCAUCGUGGCCGACAGCCCGGCCAAGAUCGGCGAGCUCAUGAAGAAGGCCAUGGUCGAGGCCGGCCUGGCAUGAACGCCGGCGCUUCGUCGCUGGCAGCGUGCGCACGCCCGGACGCUGCAGCAGGCGGCGCGAGAGGCAGAAUGAAAGG